AUGGACGUAGAUUACACAACAAAAUCAAACCUUACUGAGUUGGAGGCGGCAGUGCUCACUGAAUACCAAAACAUCAAUUCCACCUUGAUCAAGCUAAACCAAGGAUUAAAGAGCCUUACAAACAAAGACGAUCUCGAUGGUGGUGAAAGUAUACGACUGGUUGAAGCUUUAAGGCAGAUGGAAACCAAACUACUGCUUAUCUACACGUUCUUUAAGGGUGCAGUUUACACACUCUAUGCGGAUGAAGGGGGGGAUGUCGAAGAGGAAGUGUAUGGUGACGAAAGAGGGAAUACAUCAGAGGACGAGAAUGAGACUACAGGGUUGGAUGGUAUGGAUGAGGACGACAAGGGUACAAAUGAACUACUGAGUAUCUCCAAUACUUGA